AUGUACUCCACACUUAGAUUAUACUGUUUUAACAAGAGAUCUAUAGAUCGUAAUAAAACUUUCACCUUUACAGAACCUGAUAACCUUGAAGUCGGUCACUUUUCCAGGAUUAUUCAAGAUCCUGCUAUAAGUAAGAAACAAGAUUAA